CUAGAAUGACGGAAAAUAAAGUGAAUAUCACUGAUAACCUGGAAACCUUAAAGGAAGGCGAAAUUGUGACAGACGAGAAGACCGGGAAGAAAUAUCGUGUCAAGAAAAAUAUUAUGCCACAUUAUUCAGCUGGAGGACCACAUGGAUUAGGUGAUCCAGAAGAUCGGACUUUGAGGAAAAUCGAGGCAGAUGUGAUUAUUCCGAAUAGAAUGAAUACCCAAAUCGAAAGAGUGGAUUGCAACGAAUCUUAUUUAGGACUCAUCACUUGCUUUCGAACCGACGGUGCUGUUUCUGGCUUGAACACGUGUAAACCAGCUCUAGAACUCUUUAAUCGAUGCAAAUAUGAAAAAUUCCACGAUCCAGCCUUCCGAGCAAAAAUGACUGACGAGUACAUUGCGGAACGAUCGGCAGCUCGAGCUACUGGAAUGACAUCGCAGCAACGGAAAAUUGAAGAGUUUCGGGAUUGGAAGAAGACAAAUGAGCAAAAGUAGAAUUCUUUCUUGUUUUUCAUAGUUAAUUGUUUCCUUGUUUGUAGAAUCAAAUACAAUCCAUUUCUUCUGGUUUUUAUACUUUUUAUAGUUAUUAUUGUCAAGUGUUCGAGUCACUAUAUAUUAUCUCAUAUUCUUACCAUUUCUUCAUUCUAAAAAUAUUAUUUCCAAAAACUCGUUAAUUCAUGAAUUAUUCUUUCAC